AUGAGCAUUGUCGAGAUUCGCGAAUACACCCUGCGGCCGGAGGUGCUGCCACGAUACGAGAGGUGGACCAGGGAGCUGGUCGUUCCGUGGCUGCGGAGCAACUUUGACGUGGUCGGCUUCUACGUGGAGUGUGGCAUCGAACCGGAGGUGCCCGGAUCAGCCAGCCCACCGCCUGACGGCCAGCCGCCCCCGAGCGCGUGCCUGAUGAUUCGGUGGCCGAGCAAGGAGGCGCGGGACACGGAGUUUCGAGGGAAGCUGGCGACGCCAGAAUGGAGGGACAUCUGGGCGAAGCACCCCUGUCCGGACGCGUACCUCGAGAAGAGAGUGAGGUUUAUGAAGGUGGCCGAUUGA